UACAUUUUGCCCGUCACAUUGGUAAGAACGGUAGAGCACUCGACUGACAAUCGAGAGGUCACCGGAUCGUAUCCCAGUGGGGACAGGAGUCGAAUCAAGGGCAAUUUGUAAUUUUUUAUUUUGUACUAAAUUUAAAUUCAUGUUUCACAGAUUGUAUUCACGCUUGAAAGCAAUUUAGUAUUCGGUGUAAUUGUGGCAAACAAUGUCAGACAUUGAUUGGUCAGAAAUGUAAUUUCACGCAUGUAAAAAAGAAAAUUCGUCCAAAUUGACUCAAGAUAUGACAAAGAAAAUCUGCUACCCACAUUUAUCGUUUUUCAUAACAGGAAUUUUUAUAUAAGCCACUCAGGAAGGCGACUGACACCCAAAUUCGACCAAUUCAGAGGAUUUUUUCCAUAUUAAACUUUUAGUAUACAUAACGUUCCCUUCGUAGACGAUGGAGGAGCUACUAGAAAAUUUGGGUUCGAACGCCUUUCUGAUCAACUGAGAGGUCUUUACCUGUUCUUUCAUAACCUUAAUUUUAAUCAGGACUAACUGCAGGUAAGGCGUACAGUCAAGUGCUCGAAAGAUGGAUGACUGGCAGAAAAACAUAAUUAAUAAUAUGUUUGCAAGGCUUAUCUCUGAUACAAAUUGUGACGAAAUCUUUCUGUCCAAGUUUCUAACGGAAAACACCAUUACAGAUCAUGAGUAUAAUCGCCUUGUACGCCUACCACACCAAGCCCAUCUAGGUGCGCCUUCACAAAAUUCUGAGUUUUACAAGAUCAUCAGAACAAGGGUGGGAGCGUUCAGGCAGCUGUUUUUAUAUCUAAAAGAGACAAACCAAUCCGGAUUGGCUGAUCUACUCUCAGAAUUAACACGGAAGAACUACCCUGAAAAGUAUAACUAUUUGGUUAAUAACGGCCAAGAUGAGCAAUUAGGUGCAACUUCCUUGUCAAUUAACUGUGACGGAAAUAGACUAAGCUCAUGUGUUCAACCAUCACCAGUAGAUGAGGAGAACAGAAUUCGCAACCAUUACAAAUUUUCAGGGAACGGAAAAAGAUUUAUUCUGCCAAUCAACAUUGUUCACUUCAAGAAUGCAAUACACAACCGUGAAAAUGCUAGAAUUGACAUGAGCAACAUUAAGAGUGUCUUUCCGAAAUUGGGUUAUGAGGUGUUUCCGGAAGACGUUGACGAAAAGCUUUACUACUCGAGAGAGGACAUAUUGCUUCAAAUUAACGAUUUCAAAGACGCGUGUCGGCUCUUUAAAGCCGAGUCUUGUAUUUUAUUCAUUGGAAGUCACGGCAUGGAAGACAAAAUAUACUCAUCUGAAGGGAAUUUUGUACGAAUCAACAAGCACAUCGUGCAACAGUUUUACCAUGAGAAUUUUCCAUGCAUGAAAGGCAAACCAAAAAUCAUUAUUAUCCAAGCAUGUCGAAAUUUCGAGGAUGGUGAUGCGUACUUCACGUUAGCAGACAACGAUGAUGAUUCUUCUACGAAAUCGGAAGGCGUAGAGGAAAAUGAUCAAAUCAAGGAGGGAGCCAUUUCUGACACAGUUAUAAUACACUCUCAGGUUCCUGGGCUGCCAUCCUCCAGAAAUGAUCAAGUUGGUUCGUGGCUGGUUCACUAUAUUACAAAAGUGUUUGAAGAGAAAGCUGAAAAUACUUCUGUGAUGAACAUGCUCAGAGAGGUACGUGACAAAUUGAACGAGCACAAUAGAAACCCUGCUGGACAGAUACCGGAAAUAAGGGAUUUAGGUUAUAAAGAUUUUCGAUUGCCAUGCCAAAAUCUAACAAAAUAAAAUGAAAGCCACAUGCUCUACUUAAUUAUAUGGAAGUUGCCAAUUUUCCUAAAUAAAAAAUUGUU